AUGGCGGCGGAACCGGCACUGCCAGCGGACCUGGCCGCUUUCCGCGAUCGUAUAGCACAACCCAGCCGACAGUCGUCGACGCGGAGGACGAGGUCGCUGUCGUCCGGCAGGAUGCUGGGGGACGCUGCCUCGUCCCGGGGCGCCGGCGGGCUGCAGAAGAGCUUUGGCCUGGCCAGGUUCGCGCGCAGGACACUAGGGAUCAUGUUGCUGUCGGUGACGGUGCUCUUGUGGACUGUUUCCAACUUUCUUGCCAGUUAUAUUUUCUCCGAUAACACAUACAGUAAACCCUUUUUUGUGGUAUAUUGCAACUCGUCGGUAUUCGCGCUAUCUCUGGUACCCAUGCUUAUAAAGUAUAUACAAACGAACGGCGUAGAUGGGCUGCGCAACGCAGCGGUAGAGCUGUGGAGGGAGCAGAAGCGAUGCGGGCUCGGGGCGGGAUCCCGCAGCAGCCCACCGAAGCGAAUAGGGGGCGAGGCGGGCGGCGGCGACGGCGACGACGAGGAGAGGCUGCUGGUGGACGACGAGCCCAGCCUGGAGUCGUUCGAGGGCGCGCUCGAGGCGCGCGAGGACCGGCUCGACUUUAGGGGCACAGCGUGGUUGAGCCUCGAGUUCAGCAUGCUCUGGUUCGUGGCCAACUACUUUGCGUCGGCGUGCCUCGAGUACACGAGCGUCGGCAGCGUUACAAUCCUGACGUCGACCAGCAGCGUCUGGACGCUCAUCUUUUGCGCCGUCUUGGGCGUGGAGGGAUUCUCGAUGCGCAAACUGGGCGGGGUCCUGGCCAGUCUCGCGGGCGUGGUGCUCAUCUCGACCGUAGACCUGAGCGGCCGCAGCGAUGAGGACAGGGGAAACUUUCCGCACAAGUCUCAGAUCGAAGUGGCCAUCGGGGACUCGAUGGCCUUUGUCAGCGCCAUCAUCUACGGUCUCUACGUCACGGUCAUGAAGAGGCGGGUGGGCAACGAGGACAGGGUGAACAUGCCCUUGUUCUUUGGGCUGGUUGGGCUGCUGAACCUGCUGCUCUUGUGGCCCAUGUUUAUCUUUUUGCAUUUCACUGGGAUAGAGACUUUUCAACUACCCCCAAGCGGGAAGGUUUGGGCAAUCAUUAUUGCCAACUCAUUAUCAUCCUUCGUGAGCGACAUGUCAUGGGCAUACGCCAUGCUGCUCACCACGCCGCUUGUGGUGACAGUCGGCUUGUCACUGACAAUUCCCCUGUCACUCAUUGGCGAGAUGAUUCAGUACCAGCAAUUUUCGAGCUGGAUAUACUGGGUCGGGGCUGCAAUAGUGUUGUUGUCAUUUGUGUUUAUCAAUCACGAAAGUCACGAGGACGACGAAUCGGUUCGAGAUCGCAGGCGAGAGGAGGCGGCGGCAGCAGCAUCAGGUAGCAGCUCGAUUGCUGUAUAA